GACUUAUAGACUAGUUUCCAAGGCUCCCCUAAUCCCUGUAGGAUGCACAGUUGGCUUAUAAGGCUUUAGGAAGCCUAGGAGACCCACAGAAGUCUGGCAACCAGGUUAAUGUGACUGUUGACUCAAUUGAAAGACCUAUUGACCAUCAUCAGACCAUAUUUCUGUAAUGAGGUGGUUCUUCCUUACCAUAACAUCAUCAGUAUUAUCAUAGAAGGCCUUACCAUACUUUGGUUUUGCUUGUACUUGCUACUUUGCAAAUUAGUUCAUACAAAAUAAAUUGUAAAAUUCACCAACUGGAAAGGGGAUCAUGAUCAAACAACUUUCCUGUGCUACUGUAUUCUUGGGUGUUUGUCUGAUUACUACCAGCUUAUUGUAUGUGUGCAAGCAAGCCGCCACAUUGCAUUUAAGACAUAUACAUGCCAAUGGUCUAAACACAAUGAGAGCAGGCGAUAGCCAGGUGCUGACAGCAUCUCCAAACCAGACCAUGGGAUCAAGAAGAGAAGACCACUUCAACAUGACCAAUAUACGGAAAAUACAGUAAGUUCAAACUUGCAAAUCCUGUGAAUUUGUGCUUGCAUAAGAUAUUGGUCUGUGCUGAAUUUCUUCCACCAUUAUCUAACUUCAGCAAAUAUUAAUAUCAGAAAAGAGAUAUCUAUAUGUUUCACAUUGAUACUGCUGCUGCUGUUGAUGCAUUUUGUUAUUAGCAUGUUAAAGUCACUGUAUGACCAGUUGACUCUAAACUUUAUUUAUCCACUGUUUAUCCACAGGAACAUUACUAAGAGGUAUUUUGAUCCCAAAAGACACAUCAUCUAUUUUUCGGACUAUGGCAUCUUCGCGCAAAAAUGUGACCAACAGACAUUCACCCUUCGCAAACUGGGUACGAGCAACCCGACACCAUGCGAUGUUGUUCACACGCCUGUGGGACACUACCGGACAUGCGCAGUUGUUGGUAACGGAGGUAUACUCCUCCAUAGCGGCUGUGGUGCUGAGAUUGAUGCUCAUGAGUUUGUCAUUCGCUCCAACCUGCCACCUGUGCACCACUAUCGGACCGACGUAGGCAGCAAGACCAACUUGAUGAUCGUGAAUGUCGUACGACUGUCGCAAGUCAGCGAAGCUCUGCAGUCCAGUGACCCGUUACUGCAGACAGCCAUGCUGGCUCGUCUCAACGAGUCGCCGGGAAUGAUCUUCAGUUACGGCCACAGUUUUACGUCAACGGCCAGAUCAAGAAUGCGAGUGAUUGACACUGCUAUCAAGAAGAACAACUUGUCCACGAUAACAGCUUUCUCACAAAGCUCUCUUUUAAACAGCAAAAGAUUGUACACAGAACUUGCUGAUAAACAAUGGCACUUUGCAUCCACUGGCCUGAACACCUUUGCCCUGGCUUCCACCUUCUGCGAGCGGAUCUCCAUGUACGGCUUCUACCCCAUGUCCAUCCCUUACCACUACUACGACAGCCAGCAGCACAGCGCAAGACACGACUUUGAGGCGGAAUAUGCCAUGUUACGGCAAAUGGAUCAAGAUGGAAUCAUCAGACAUGUAGUUGGAAAAUGCAAUGUUGACUUAAAAAAUGUAACUACUUGAUGAUGCAAAAAUGUUUGUACCUAAUUCAUUUGCUUGUUUGUUUGCUUUGCAUAACCAGUAAACCACCUUUUUGGUAUAACACACCUGUUGUGCACAGUAUGCAUAUAUGUAUGCCAG